AUGCUCGUAAUAAUUUCCCUAAAUUUUAGUGUAACGUCAGCCAUAGAAAGAAGCAGCAAUUACAGUUUUGCUUCGCGUUCGUCCACUGGAUCGAGACUGUUUUCCAGUACAUCUGACAAACGAUCGUACAGCACGGCGACGACUACUGGUAUUCGAGUUGGCGGCGACACAUGCACCGGUUUCGAGCCUCAAAGUUGGAGACCAGAACGAUGCAAGAAAUGUUUUCGUGUCAAGGAGCAGCAUGAAUCGUCGGCGUCAUCGCUGUCAACAGCUUCCUCUGUUUCCAGACCGUACAAUGGCGUGCUAAAGCAUCAAGGAUCCACUUCCAGGGAUGGCAAAGAACAACCAUCUCGUUCAACAUGGCGAAGCCGAGUGUACGGCACUUCGGAAGGUGCGCUUUCCUCGAAGACCGACUGUAAGAUCAAGCCCGCUGAUUCUUCGUCGAAGCGCGAUGUCGGCGAAAGUUCUGAGCAGGCAAAGAAGAACACACCUAAGGUGGAAAAUAAAGAUCGUAAAGUAGUAGGUAGCGUCUUACAGCUUGAUUCGACCUCGCCAGGCAAGCUCGAAAAUAAAGAUUCAAAGCUCUCACCGGAAUCACCCUCUAAACCGCCUGGUAAUCAACUGCUGGAUACCCACGAUGUGUUCAGGGGUGCGGACAGUGACUCUCCGGAAGCUGAAACGCCUCGCGAUGGUAUGAUUCGAACAAUAUCAUACGAAUCAGUAGCCAGUACUUUGUGCGACGUCAGUAGCAUGGUGACUGCGAAAACUGGAGCAUCAAUAACGUCUGAACGAAGCAGUACGCCGACCGAAAGUUUAGACGAAACCAAGUUUUACUUACGCUCCAUUAAAGCACAGUUGGAAAUCAUGGAAAAUAAAUGUGCCAUGCUCGAGGCUGAAAACUCUCAGCUGAGGCAAGGAGCAUCCAGCAUGUUUUCCGCAAACGACAACGAAACCAUAAAAUCACUGCAGGAGCGUCUUGGGACAAUGGAAAGUCUCUAUCAGGACUAUCGUGACGAAAACACAGUACUAAAAUGCGAACUAAGGGAUUUGCAAGAUAUGUCUGCGAAAUAUUCAGAAAGUGAAGAUCUGCAGAACGAAAUCGCCGAGAUGCAUGAUCAGUACCGUGAGGACGAAAUUGAAGAAUUUCGAGAGUUGCAGCGAGAACUUGAGCAGACUGCAAAAAACUGCCGAAUCUUGCAGUUCAAGCUUCGCAAAGCUGAACGCAGGAACGAUCAAACGGAAGCUGACAGGCAGCAUCUUGAAGAAAAAAUUCAAGAGUUACUCGCCAAUAUCGGCGGUGUUGAUCCAACCGAAACGCCGAGACGUCGAGAGUUGGAAGCGGAGUUGCGUAUAGCCAAGGAAGUUUCAGUCCGUCUACACAACGAACUUGAAAUGAUGGACGAGAAGAGGUGUAAGCUGGAAGACGAAAACUUCUAUCUCAAAGAACGAAUCCGUGAAUUAGAAGCUCGCGAAAAGCUUCUUGAGCAGUCCAGGAGAAGGACGUUUGGAUCUAAUUCCAAGCUUCACGAGGCAAGAGCUGGAACCUCUGAAUCUACAGGACAGGACAUUACUACGUCUCACGCUCUGAGGGAUCUGCAGGAUGCGCUGGAACGUGAAACUGAUUUGAAAGACCAGUUGAAAUUUGCUGAAGAUGACAUUCGGGACAUUCGCCGUAAACUGGGCGAUUUAGAAACAGAAAACGAAAGUUUGAUGCGACAGCUGGCCAAAAUGACUUCCCAGAAUAUAAAGCGGGACGGUAAGCCGCCCAUGCUUCGUAGCUACAGCGAAGGACAUGCGAAAGUUGAGCUGGAACUGGCAGAGCACGAGGCCCAAGUUUUGAAAAGCAGACUAACAAAGACCGAAAGGGAGAACGAAAAGAUCGUUGCAAAGCUGUUCCUGUUACAAAAAGAACUGAAGAAGAUUGGCGGAAAGACAGACUUUAGCGACGAUGAGAUUCUGUCCGCCGUUCCAGACAUUUAUUAUAAACAAAAGGCGAAAAUACUUGAAGAAGAAGUUGAAGAACUUCGGGCAAAGUUGGACAGCUACAAAGCAGAGGCCGAUCAGACGUUCGAUACUAUUUCGUCGUCUCAAUUUCAGGACGAUUUGACCGAAAGGGCGUCGAACACUAGCACAAGCAGCAACCAGAUCGAUGAAUCGCGUAAGCUGCAAAUAGUCGAAGAGGAGGCGAAGGUGCUGCAUCAGCGCAUCGCAUUUCUUGAAGCAGAAAAUGAGAGGCUAUCUGACGAGACUAAAAAAUCAAUGUUUGGUAAGUACGGAAAGGGUGCAUCUCAAGACAUCGCCAGAGUAACGGAACGCGCCAAUCAGAUGGAGAAGGACAUUCACCGGUUUAUUGCACGCAUCAGUGAACUGGAAAGCGAGAAAGAGCUACUCAGCAAGGACGUUGAGCGCCGCAAGAAACUCGAUCUUAUCAAGAAGGACCAGAUGAAUAUCAUGAAUGAACAAAUAAAGAACAUCUGCGUUGCCACUGCAUCAGUUAGCGAGUUGCGAGAAAAAGUGACUGCCUUGCUUAAGGAUAACGUGGUUCUAUCAUACGAGCUGAAGACCGAACGCACAAAAUGUCGUGAAUUAGAAGAACAACUAACUGAAUACCGAAAAUCGCUGUCCCCUUUUGAAGGUACCAGGUCACCGAAUAUGUCUUCCCCAAAAGACAAUACUUUUGAAGAUAGUCCUGAAGUGCAAGAUAUUUUGGAUUCAGUUCAAGAAAUUCAACGCAGGGUUGGUUAUGAAAUGGACCAUUUAGGUCAACGGAUUGAAAAUUCUACAAGACAAAAGGAGACGAGUACAUCUGAGAAAGCGGACGGCGGCAAAUCUCAGGAUAUCAUGCCCAAAUGCGCUGAACAGAUUACAGAGUCAUUUGGAAUGAUCAUAAAUGAACUUAAUGUCCUAAAGGAGAAACUAAAGAUGUGUACUUUUUCCAAGCGAGUUAACGACAGGUCCCAGGAAAUACCAAAGAAAGACGAUAAAGAAGUGCGUGAGCUCCGCGAAAGGCUUAAAUUGGUAUGUCAUACUAAAUCGGUGAGGUGAUC